AUGGCGGUGGCAAUCCGUUGCUUUGCUUCUCCGCCGCCUGAUCACUUCAUCUCCACCAAAUCCCAUAUCUCCGGGAAGUUGCCUUGUGGCCUGUUCAAAGUUGAUAAGUUGACAUUGCCAUUGUCAUCUAGAGAUGCCUCUAACAUACCUUCCAUAACUUGGCCGACGUUACGGGGUGGAAAUCGAAGGCAUUCAUCGUCCAAAGGAAAUCUAGAUGUGUUCCUUGAACUAUUUUCAGCUCAUCAGGAAAUGUACGUACGAUCCUCAGCAAUAGCAUUUUUCACUAAUGCUUUCAUGAUGGCUGCACCUUCUGAAGCCCUGGCUCAAACAUGUGAGGCUGACAGCAACUCUUUCAUGACCAUGCCUGUGCUGCUGUUCGUUGCACUGAUUGGGGCCACUGUUGGAGGUCUGGUGGCACGGCAGAGGAAAGGAGAACUGAAGCGUCUGAACGAGCAACUACGCCAGAUCAAUGCUGCCCUAAGAAGACAAGCCAAGAUUGAGUCGUACGCCCCCACACUUAGCUAUGCACCCGUGGGCAGCAGAAUCUCGGACGAAGUGAUAAUUGAUUCAAGGAAGCAAGAACUGAUCACCCGUUUGAAGAGUGGGAAGAACUAUUUGAGGAACCAAGAUCCACAGAAGGCCUUUGAUGAGUUCAAAGCAGCCCUUGCCCUUGCCCAAGAUUUGAAUGAUCCCAUAGAGGAGAAAAAGGCUGCCAGAGGCCUAGGAGCCUCCCUGCAAAGGCAGGGGCAGUAUCCGGAGGCGAUACAGUACCACAUGAUGGUUCUGACGAUAUCGAAGCGGGAAGGAGAAGAGUCUGGAAACACUGAAGCUUACGGAGCCAUUGCAGACUGUUACACUGAACUUGGCGACCUUGAGCAAGCUGGGAAGUUCUAUGACCAGUAUAUUGCAAGACUAGAAACCGACUGA